CACGAAUAUCUCAAACCAUCCUUCUAUAUUUAGACUUCGAGGUGUGAGAAUUUUGUGUAUGCGGUACCAGCGGCAGUCUGCCAUUCGUAAAAUUUUCUCAGAGUCAUUGUUAAGGCAUAUCCUGAAGCUCCACUUUGGAUCACUGGAUCAAAAGUUCAGGCAUAACCCCAAGAGCUUCAUCAGACUACAAUGCCAGCGUCAAAUUACACGCUCGCAUUGUUUAUUGUUACAACUUUACGAUCGCGAUGCUUUGACUACCUUCCGAAGACAUUAAGAUCACGUACAAUUACAAACGUAAAGAUGCGCCACGCUUUGUAGUCUGGCAAAAGAUACUUGGCACACACAUAUAUACGAUUGAGAGACAAUACGAAUACGCAAAAUGUGUGCGCGAAUCCUGGCGUGUCCACUGUGCUCGCAACCGGGAUUCUUGACGCUUGACGCACUACGAGCCGGACUUGUAAGUGUAGCGACUCGACCUCUCGUAUGUCCUGUCUGCAACGAAGUUCUAUUAGGUAUAGAUAAAUUAACUAUACAUUUAUUUGGUCACACGAUCAAUCUGAGCAGCGAUGCGGCGGAGUCAUCGAAACUUGGAACCGUCGAUGAGCAGUUGGUCGCUGUCCAUAACGCGCAUAACGUCGCUCCGCAAGACUGGAAUGUGUUGAUACAGCAAUUGGGCAAGGCGCAAACCGUAGACAAUGGCAAUGACAGGAUCUGCACGGAGUUGUCAGAUUCCGGAGGCUCGAAUACGGGGGGCAACAUCUCCGCCGUGGAUUCACGAUCUAAAGCACAGAACCAGAACUUGAGAGGCGCCAGUCAAUCCAAUUUCGUAUCGGAUUAUAAUUACGACGUGAUAAAAGUAAAUAUCCUUCCGCAAUCAAAUGAGAGUCACAGCGCGAUCCUGACUGCCACAAAUCUGCAACAGGGACCACUGAAAACAAAUUGCGCGAUGCAGUAUUUUUGUAAUGACAAUGUUAAACACUUGAAUGUGCCGCAGGAAUCUAUACAGGCGGAGAAAACGGUUCUGUCGGAUUUAAUUAAUGUGACGAAAGCGGCAGGAGCUAUAGACACCAACAUCUAUCAAGAUAUUGAAGGGAAAUGCGUUGAAUCGAACAUCGUAGCGAACAAUCGUGGCCAACGUAUCACGAAGGAAAGACUGAUGAUAGAUUUAAUUGAGAAGGAACAUGGCAUUUCUAGUUUUCAAUCGAGCCAGAAUCCAGUACCAAAUGUUUGCACAAGCGAGUCGCCAAAAGAGCGCGACGUUGAGCAAGAUUUGCCCAAGGCAAAAGAGAUGAACACUGGAGAUCAACAUUCAACCUCGGAACAUAGGCAAAUAUUGCCACAUAUGCAAGCAAACAUGGGCAAGUCUUUUCGUACGGUAACACCGAAGGAAAAAACGGAAAGAUGUAACGUGUGUGGAUUUCACUUUCCCGAUGCUAAUAUCUUGGUUUUACAUAAACAAUUAGUGCACGAGCAAGAUUCAAGCAACAGUUCGGAGAAAGUGCUUAAGAAUUAUUCUUGUCAUCUGUGUUCGAAAGUAUUUAAAAUGCGAGGCAGUCUAAUGGUACAUAUGAGAGUAGCACACGUUGGAUUUAAUUCUGGUUCCUUAACGAAAGAUGAUCAAAUUGAAGUUACAUGCAGCGAUGCUGGAUACACAUGUCCCACAUGCGGAAAGAAAUUCAAGAAAGUGAGACUAUCUCCGCGCGUUUUGUUCGUAAAACUCGAGCAACAUGUGGUACAACACUUGAAGACCCACGAAGGCAAACAAUGGGAGUGCGAUACCUGCAGUAAGAUGUUUACUACCAAGUACUUCCUGAAGAAGCACAAACGGCUGCACUCGGGAGAGAUGCCGUACAAAUGUAAAAUAUGUGAUAAGAGCUUCACCUUCCAGCAAUCAUAUCAUAAGCACAGGCUUUAUCACAAGGACGAUAAGCCACACACCUGCGCGACCUGCGGUAGAUCGUUCAAGGAACUUUCCACGUUACAUAAUCAUGAGAGGAUUCACACCGGGGAGAAGCCGUUUGCAUGUGAAACAUGCGGAAAAUGUUUCCGUCAGCGUGUUUCGUACUUAGUCCAUCGUCGAAUUCACACAGGAGUGAUGCCUUAUAAAUGCACAAUGUGUGGCAAAAGCUUCCGAUAUAAGGUAAGUCAAAGAACUCACAAGUGCCCUGCACAAGCAUCGAGCAAUAUCCAACCGUUAUCUGAUAUUAUUGUACAAGAGAUUGAUAGUGGAACAGUCAAUAAGCCACAGACCACUGAUACCUUGCAAGAAAGUCAAGCAUCGAUGACAACCGCUGUUGAUGAUGAAAACAAAUUCAUGUUGAUAAUAAACGUCCAAGGACAACAUGUUUUAGCACUGCAAUCAGAAAUGAAUGACGUGUCCUCCGAGAAAAAAGAGCGAAGCAUCGAAUUUAGAGACACUAAUGAUGUUAACAAAAAUUCCAAAAAGAACAAGACAUGGAAUGCUAAAAGUCUUACCGCAGGUUUUGAGGAAUCUGCUAGAUCGAUUGAGAGGAUACAAUCGGAUAAUGAAAAGAUAAAUACAAAAAAUACAAACGAUUUCUUUUCUAUGGUGAUGUCGCCCCUUGAAACUAGCAUAUCCUCUCCGACAUUUGAAAUGGAGCACUUGAGAGUAUCUUCGCCUAAACGUAAAGAAGAUUCGAUAGAUUCUUAUACAGACUUCCAGGUAUCCAAUAACAUGCAACUGAAUCUGCCGGGCAUAGAGCAAAGCUUCAAUCGUGACAAAAAUGUUACUGAUUCUUUGCAGACUAUAAAUGAAGAAUCAUUGAAGGAAUUACUAUAUGGUAUGGACAGAAAAUAAAGCAAGUAUAUUUGUAAUCUGACAUAUUUAUAACUUGAUAGUACAAACUAACGAUAUGUACAUUAGCUAUUCAUCAUAGAUAGAUAUAGAAAAUGUCUAUUCAUUAUAGAUAAAUAUAUAGAGAAUGGAGAUGUUUUAAGUGUAAAGCUGUGUGAUUGUUAUAACUCGAUUAUCUUUUGAUCUAUAAUAUAUAAUAAUAUAAUAAAUCAAUAUAAUAUAAUAAAUCAAAGAUGAAACAAUAUAAAUAACAUAAACAACUACAUGAUGUGAUUUGUUAAUCUUAAUACUUGAAUAAUAACAAAUUUAGUAGAUGUAUGU